UGUUGUGUAAACAAAAUUGUAUACUUUGAUUCCUCCUUUUCCCCAUAGCUCCCCGUUCCAUGGGAAAUAUCGAAUUGGUUCCCAUCCAAUCUUUAUCCUACACUAAGUUAAAAACACACAGCAAAACCAACAAGUUCUUACCAAAUUAAUUCCUAUUAUUCUUCCAGUUUCAGUUCCAGAUCGUGUCCUUUCUGUGUUCUGUCAAUGGCAGCAGCACUUGCAGUAGGGCUAAAAUUGGCGUUCAUGAUGUUGGCCUGUAUCUUCAUCGCUGCAUUAAUUUACGUCGUCGUCGCUGAUGGAGUAAAUAUCCCAAGAGAGUUCCGCACUCCGUGGCCAGUGGCGUUCCUUAUCGACUUCUAUGUCCUUUUGCUUCCGAUUGUUAUAUGGAUUAUCUACAAAGAAUCAAAUUGGAUGCAUUCGAUCAUAUGGAUACUUCUUACGAUUGUAUUUGGAAGCGCUGUGUUUUGCUCGUACAUUGUUCUGAAACUUACGAAGCUUUCUCCUCACGAAUCAGCGCAAGAUCCUAUUUACUUUGUCUUGCUAACUAAUAAGCCGAAAAGGGGUGAGAGGCAAUCAAAUAGCGUACUUUCAGUCGUAGGCGCAAGAGUUCUUUUCGGAACUUUGGCUUGUUUUAUGCUUGCAACAUGGAUUUACACUCUCGUGGUCGACGGAUUCCCAUUCCGUACAGAUGUUUUCACUCCGUGGGUGUCGGCAACAGUUCUCAACAUCCACUUCAUUUCAAUUGCUAUAUCGGUUUGGGUGGCAUAUAAAGAACCAACAUGGACAAUCGCUGCAUUCUGGAUCAUCUUGUUAAUGUGUUUUCAGAGCAUAGGAACAUACUCGUACAUUCUCCAGCAGCUUGUCAAGCUUUCGAGCCGCGACCCGGUCUCCCGUCUUAUUUUCAACAGGACAGGCAAUGACUAUGAAGAAACUCUUUUGGAGUGAAUUAUAUUACUAUUUCUUUGGAUAAUGUGCUGUUAUUGAAUUACUAUAUCUUUGGAUUUGCCUCAAGUAACGGUGUUGGAUGUAAUUAAUCAACAUAAAGCUAACUAAUUGUUUCAAAUAAUAA